AAAACAAUUUCAAUCGUCUAGAAGAAUUUGUUGUAUUCUAGAAUAAUUAACUAUUAAUAUUUGUAUCAACGAUUAAUUCCAUAUUACUACAAGCAUACGGAUAGUCUCCAAAAAAAAAAAUAAUAAACACUUUUAAAUAUGUAUUCCAAACUGGGAAAAUAUGUAGAACUCGCAAAAGUAAGCAGUAAUUAUGCCAAACGUAUGAAUCGUUUAAGUAAUCGAAUUUUUGGCGAAGUAACAAGGCCGACUAACCAAAAGUCCAUGAAGGUUGUAAAGCUAUUUAGUGACCUACCGGUACAGAAAAAUCCUGACAUUGUCCGAUACUAUCCACGACAUAUUGAAAUUGAUUUACUCAUGAAUCACCUUAGGAAUUACGGUCUAUUUAGAGAUGAACACAAAGAUUUUAAAGAAGAUUAUGAACGCGAAAGAGAACUACGUGGCAAAAAGAAAUGGGUUCCACCAAUGUUUAGAAAGUAAUAAAUGUAUAUAAUGUGUUUGAAGUAAACUCAUUACAUUUUAUCAUGUAUUUGAUGUAAUAUAAGUUAUAUAUAAUAUACUUGUAUAUUCAAAGA